GGGGUCCUAUUCCACCACUUUAUGUCUCUGUAACACCAAAAAAUUUCAACCUAUUUGGUUGAGUUUGGGACCUGCGGCGUUUGGCAAGGAGUAGUAUGGUCUUGGUUGAUGGGAUUGGAGGGUUUUCUUGUGUUUGGAGUGAUACUUUGGUGAAGGGAUGGAAGUAAUUGGAGAAAAAAUGGUAGAUGUUGUUGAAAUUGGAGAUUUGGAGUUUGAAAAUUCAAUACGGGUAAAUCUAGGUCGGUCGGUUAAACAUCUCACCGGGGAAGGAGUGGUUGAAUAGUUCCGAGAUGGCCUUCACCAUAUGUGCAAUAAUAGGUUCGGGUCGCUCUUGUUUUCUUUUCGGCAGUACGCUGUUAAUUGACUUUGCUUGUGUGUGUGAGAGAGAGUGUGUGCAAGUGUAGAGUGUGUGUGACGGAAAGAGAUGGCGUUUGGAGAUGAAGAGAGAGGUGGCGGAUAGUGGUGACGGUGAAGCUGGUGGUUGGGGCGUUGGAUUAUUGUUGAGUGCGGCGUAGAUUAUAUACCUUUAUAUGUUUAUAUGGAGUAUAUAUUUUAUUAAAUUUUAAUUCGUGAAAAAAAAAAAAUAUAUAUAUAUAUAUAUAUAUAUAUAAAUUAUUAAAUGUGAGGGUGAAGGUAUUUUUGCGUUUUUAUAAUAAAUUUUAACGGUGUCAAGAAGUCGAAUUUAUAGUAAUUUUUUUAAAAGUUUCAUGUACGGGUAAUAAGUCCAAAAUUUAGGGGAGGUCAGGUAAUUCACCCCUAAGCAUUGUCUGGCAACGUCCCUUCCGCUCCUCCGCCCCUCCUCCCGCUCUCUCUCUCUGAGACAAGGGAAGGCUGAUAAGAUCUCGAGAAACGACAGGUAUACUGCAAAAAUGGAUUCAUUCCACCAUUUAGGGGGCACCAGUGCCCUUAAUCAAUCAAAAGAGAGUAUCACUAGAACUCAGGCAAAAGAUGGAAGCAAGCAAAUGGGGUGUGAAGAAAAGAAGGCAGCAGUUCACGACGAAAUGAAAAGAAUGAACCGACUUCCUGCAAACAGCACGUAUGCAACUCAUCGAUUGCGGGUUCUCAACAAAAUUUUGCAACUUUUGUCCAUUCAGAGAACCACAUCACAGGAUGAGGAGUUGGAGUUGCUUUUUGCUGGGCUUUCUCUUUGAACAGAAAUCCAGAUUUUACAGGCUGUGCAACUAGAUUUUCUACUGAUAUUCUAAUUUUUCAGUUGAAAUUACUGCAUGCCAAAUCCAGGUUGUGUAUUCCAAACAAGCUUGGGGAAUCUAUUGGGCGAAAAGUUUUAUGGUGGUACAAUGUCGAAAAUGAACUAGUAUUUAGCUAAUGAAUACUAUGUGUAACACUCUGUGUAUAUGUGCUUGGUUGGAUAAGUUUUUUCUCUAGCCCGCUUUGUUUAAAUCAUCUUGGUGCUAUCUAAAGAUGAGGGGCAGAGUUGCAAGGUGUACCUUAAUGAAUUUUGUUUAAAUCAUCUUUGUUUUUACUUA